AUGGCCACAGGGAAGCACUACGUGCCUCUAGAGUACUUCGUAGCUGCUAAGAAAGUUUGGGCCAAAGGAAAGGCGGGUUCCAAAGGUGAGCGACAGAUCACCGUGACGAACCUUCCAAGUGCUCCAAGUGCACCACCACCAGAAGCUGGGGAGGGCAGCAUACGCACAGAGGUGGUGGAGGCAUUGAAGAGACUCUCCGAGGACCAGUCGCUGGUGGAGUAUCCCUUCCAGAGCAAGGACAAGGCAAGGCGUGCAGCGAUUCGAAAGGAGGUGGAUGCACAACAAGGCAAGUGCCCAUUCGAGUUCUCAGUGCAGACCGAGCGGCAGGGCAACAAGCUGCGUUUGGUGCUCCGAAAGCAGUGCGAGCCUUGCAAUAUGGAAUCCCAAGGCCUGCCCGACAUUCGCUUCGACUGCAUAAAUGCCGUCCGGAAGCAUCUCUACGAGCUUGUGUGCAGCGGCGAAGAGGAGUUCAAGUACCCUACCUGCCUGACCAAAAUGCAGAGGUCAGUAGUUCAUGAAGUUGCGCGAGACUUUCGGCUAGCAAGUAGUACCAAAGGAGCCCGCAGAGAGGAGCAAGUGGUAGUUUCAAAGGCCAACCGAGACAAUCCGAGCGAACCUUUGGUGAUCCACGGUGGAUUCCUGUGCGAUGGCUGCAACACCGUGCCGCAGGGACUUCGCUUUCAUUGCGAGCAGUGCCGCGACUUCGAUUUCUGCCACAGCUUCCAGGCCAUUCAAGCCAUUCCCGAGGUGAAAAAGGUACAGCUUCUCUCGUCAGCGACGAAUAUGGGUGACACGGCCCUUCACCUGGCGUGUCAAAAACGACAGAAACGGACCAUCCGCGACUUGCUGGAAGCCAAGGCGGAUUGCAAUGCUCAGAACGGCAAGGGCCGAACGGCGUUGCACGUCAUAUCGCGGAUCCCUUGCUACAACAGCUCUGAUAAAGAAGAAUUAGUUGGCAUCAUGCAAGCGCUGUUGAACGCCACGGGAGAUGCAGCCAUUCUGGAGAACAACGGCGAUUCGCCAUUGCAUCAGGCCAGAACAUACGUCGUUGCAUAA